AUGCCAAUCGUGUCGAUUCCAGAGAAGGUUCUUUUUGAAAAGCUUGGUCGCACCUACACUGAACGGGAAUUCGAUGAUCUCCUCUUCGCCUAUGGUCUAGAACUUGACGAGAUAACCUCAGAACAGGAGUUGGCAGCUAGAGAGCACGGAAUUGUCGUUGGAUCAGAUGGGAGCUCUGAGACCAUCUACAAAGUCGAGGUGCCCGCAAAUCGAUAUGACCUUCUUUGUGCAGAAGGACUUACUCGGGCUCUGCUAAUUUUUCAGAACAAGUUGGUUACUCCGGAGUACAGGACUGUUACACCAAAAGAUCCUUUAAGGCUAACAGCUACUGAGAGCGUGAGGUUAGUUCGCCCCUACGUUGUCUGUGCGGUGCUAAGAGAUCUCAAAUUUGACAAAAGGCGCUACGCUAGCUUCAUUGAUCUGCAGGAUAAACUGCACCAGAAUAUUGGCCGGAGGCGCAGUCUCGUUGCCAUAGGAACGCACGACCUGGAUACUCUGGUGCCACCCUUUACCUACACUGCGCUUCCACCCGGAGACAUUCGUUUCAGACCCUUAAAUCAGACAAGGGAGUACACAGCAGUUGAACUAAUGCAACUUUAUUCGAACGAAUCUCAUUUGAAGGCCUAUUUGGAUAUCAUUCGCAAUAAGCCGGUAUAUCCUCUGAUCACGGAUUCGAGAGGUGUGGUGCUCUCCAUGCCUCCUAUCAUUAAUGGUGAACAUUCCAAAAUCACCCUAGCAACCAAGAAUGUCUUCAUUGAGUGUACUGCAACCGAUCUCAACAAGGCCAGCAUUGUUCUGGAUACCAUAGUAACUAUGUUCUCGGAGUACUGUGCUCGUCCGUUCACCUCAGAACAAGUAGAGGUCACCCAGUGGGAUGGCAGUCGCAACUACUACCCUCGCCUGCAGCAGCGCAUGGCGUUGGUGAGCAUGGAAUAUAUAAACACCCUUGUGGGGAUUGAAUGCAGUGAAGCUGAAGUCACUCAACUGCUCACUCGUAUGGGUCUCACCAGUUGCGCGAUUGACGAGGCCACUCACGUAUUGACAGAUAAAACUCACGGCAAAAGCAGCGUAUUGUCGGUGCGAAUUCCACCAACUCGUCAAGAUGUUCUGCACCCUUGUGACAUUGCGGAGGAUGUGGCGAUUGCCUAUGGAUAUGAGCGCAUUGAAGAAAGCCUACCCACCACCUUUACUAUGGUCACUGACCAGCCGCUCAACCGUCUCACCGACAUGAUUCGCACCGAGAUCGCUCUCUGCGGCUUUACUGAAGCCCUUACCUUCUCUCUUUGCUCACGUGCGGAUAUCAGCACGAACCUGCAAAAGAGUCUGGAGGAUCAACCCGCUGUUCAUAUUGGCAAUCCAAAAACCCUUGAUUUUCAGGCAAUUUCUUUUUCUUUAAAGGUAGUUCGCACAACCCUGCUUCCGGGCCUUCUUUCCACACUCUCCAACAAUCGAAGUCUUCCCCUGCCAUUAAAGCUCUUUGAGGUUCAGGACGUGGUGUUGAAAGAUCCAAGCAAAGACGUCGGAUGCCGCAAUAACAGACGUGUGUGCGCCGUCUACUGCAACAAGACCUCGGGAUUCGAGGCGAUCCAUGGCCUUCUUGAUCGCCUGAUGCAAGUGCUUGAGGUGGCCUACGAGAAGAAUGCAAGAUCUGACGGUCUGGCCUAUUAUCUGAAGGAAGUUGAUGAUCCCACAUACUUCCGAGGUCGUUGUGUGGACGUCAUUCUCUCGCCUCCAAAACAGUCGAUCGGUCGUCUGGGUGUUGUGCAUCCGAAUGUGUUGCGCAACUUUGACCUAUCCCUCUGUGUCUCCGCGUUUGAGGUAGAUAUUGAGCCCUUUCUGUGA